GGUCUCCCCGGACCCUGCAUUCACUAUAUCUGGUCUCCCCGGUCCCUGCAUUCACUAUAUCUGGUCUCCCCGGACCCUGCAUUCACUAUAUCUGGUCUCCCCGGACCCGCAUUCACUAUAUCCGGUCUCCCCAGACUCCACAUUCACUAUAUCUGGUCUCCCCGGACCCUGCAUUCACUAUAUCUGGUCUCCCCGGACCCUGCAUUCACUAUAUCUGGUCUCCCACAGUACACAGAACAUGGAAAUGCACUCUCACAAGAAAAAAAAAACAUCUCUAGCAAUACACACCAAACAGAGCACGUGAAGAGUGUCUCCACACAAUAUGUCUUAUCAGGAGAUAAG